AAACAGGAAAAAGGCGGAAAUGGUCACCAGGCCUUCGUCGGCUCCUCAGUUCGCGAUGUUGCUCUGUGUGUCCUCGACCCUUCGGAUUACUCUGCUGCAGCCUGGUUGGUUGCUUGUAGUGAGUAUCGGAACCGCGCCGAUCUCUGGCAGCGUACCGUAGCUGCUGUCUUCCUCACUUAUUGUCUUUCUCUUGGUGGCUAUCCAAUGGCGUGGUUUGGGGAGACGGACCUCUUCUACUCCCCUCCGGCUCCAAAAAGUCGUCCAAAUAGCCUUCCAGCAAGUUGGGUUGCGGCAUGCAUGCUUUAUCAUCUUCAAUCCGUCCCAGUCAAUGCGCAUGGCCACGCGGAUGAUGUCUUCUUCUCCCUCCAAAAUCUCUCCUCAUAUGCCAUGCGUGAAGUCUUCUCUGCCCUCUACCCAACCCUCUCCCUUGUCAACCAUUCUUGUGAUCCUUCAGCCUUCCGCACCUGCACUAGUCGAGCCACAUGUUUCCUUUCUGCUCUGCGGCCUCUGACUGCAGGCACAGAAGUCUUUGACUGCUACAUUGAUUGCUUCUCCCUCAAGCCGCGCGUUGAUCGUCGGCGUGAGCUUAGCUCGCAUUACCUCUUUCAGUGCGUCUGUGAAGCCUGCACCAAGGACUGGCCUACUCUUUCUGAUCCCAAGCGCCAUCAGAUGGAGUUUCUACGUUGUCCACAGUGCUCUGGUAUAGUGCAUCUGCCUGCGCGGCGCUGUCCCCACUGUCGAUCUACUCGGGCGCUAACGAGUUACAAUCAAUUGGUAAAUGUUGAAAUACCAAAGCAGAUGGAAUUGAUUUCCGAGGGUGUGGUUGGAGUGGAUGCAGUGGAAAUUGCAGGAGAACUCCUAAAAAAGCUGAACCAAUUAGUUCUGAGACCUGGGACUGUGUGGGACCAAGCUCAAGAGCUUUUUAAAAUGGUAGUGAAUUUUACCAGAGGCAGUUGGACACUUGAGCCAUCGAGUUGA